CGUAUUACUGGUAUUCCAUUAUAGGCAUUGAUCAAGCCAAUGCCUCUUUCACAAUGAUCCCAAGACAAGGCUACGCGCCAACUCCUCAUAGCUAUGUACCCAAUACAAGUCUUUCAGCAAGUAUAAAUCUCGACGAGGAAGUCAAGCUCACCAACACCCGUGCCGAGCGCGACCUUCAAGAAUCCCUCGCCGAACUCUUCAGCAUUAUAAUAACUCUCGAUGAACUCGAAAAAGCCUUUUUAAAAGAUGCCGUCCCUGAAGCAGAGUAUACUGAGAUCUGCGAGCGAUCGUUAAGGCAGUAUAAGGCGCUGCUGGCUGAUGAGACGAUCGCGAGGGAGUUUGGAGAUCUUGAGGAAUUCAAGGCCAAGUGGGAUCUCGAAGCCCCUCGCGCAACCGAGCGCAUUCGUGUAGGAAUGCCCUCAACGACCAUCGAUCGAGCCCCCUCGGCACAAACUCCCGCCCCCGCCGCAGCCAACAACACAAGCGGUGUUCUCAUUCUCGAAGCCACCCAAGAAUUCAUCACCUUUCUCGAUGCUGUUAAGCUCGGUCUCCUUUCCAAGGAUCAACUACACCCUCUUCUUUCCGACGUCAUCCAAUCGGUGAACCGUGUCACGGACAAAGACUUUGAGAACCGCGGCAAGAUCGUGCAAUGGCUUAUCACGCUCAACCAGAUGAGAGCGACUGAUGAGUUGAGUGAGGGCCAGGCGCGCGAGCUGGAGCUGGAUAUUCAGCAGGCGUACCAGGGAUUCAGAAGGACGUUGACAUGAUGUGCUGUGACCUGAUGAUUUUGUAUAUAUCCUUUUGAGCGAAGAUGCUUGCGCCAAUGCCUGUCCGCAUGGUUAUUAGAAGUGGUGUGCUUUCUCUAUAUACCCACAGCGAUCAUCCUCAUGAUCCAUGGUCCAUUAUACCAAGAACGUCCAAAAGCUGGGAUAGACGAAUUCCGACUCAAAAAUCCUUCUGACCUGUUCUAGCACGAAUCUCUCGACUUUGCCCACGUUCUUUAAGCUCUGCUUUCCGCCAACCCGUUCUCCAAUCUCGC